GUGGGUACUUAACAAAUGUUUCUCAGUUAUGACAAACUUCUUGCACGGACAGUUUCAUCCAAAGUCCGAAGCCACCCCAAAAACUUUGAAAUCGGAAUCCAGAUUGCCGAAUUUGAUCGGGAGAAGAAAUGGCGGGAGCGAAUCAAACGUGUAUUUUCUGUCAGAUCUUGCACGAUCCCAACUCAACUACUCGUCUCCUUCACACCGAUGAGAAGGUCGUCGCGUUUCAAGACAUCAAGCCUGCCGCCCGGAGGCACUACUUGGUCAUUCCAAAAGAACACAUCCCAACUGUGAGAGACCUCCAGAGAAGAGAUGAAGACUACUCUUUGGUGAGUCACAUGCUAAGUGUGGGACAAGAACUGCUGCAGAAAGACGCACCUCAAACCAUUCAUAGAUUUGGUUUUCACCAACCUCCUUUUAACAGUGUCGAUCAUCUCCAUCUCCAUUGUUUUGCAUUGCCUUUUAUGCCCAGAUGGAAAGUCGUCAAGUACAUGUCUUUGGGACCUUUCGGUGGUUUUAUUGAAGCACAGAAACUUCUGGAGAAGAUAAGGCCUCUUCCUUCAAAAGUUUAACUGAAUCUAACUUCAUUGCAGUGCUAAAAUUGGUGCUAUAUCUCUUUUCUAUUCUUUUUUUUUCUGGCAUGUCAAUACCACAUAUCAUUGUUGGUUUUGUAUGUAAGAAGGACGUGUCGUGUAAUUUUAUGUAAUUUCUGUCGCUUGCCAAUAGUUGUAGGCAAUGACGCCAUUCUCAUUUUUGUGUCAUACUUA